AUGGCCGGCGGGGGCACCAAGCGAUCCCGGGACACCGAGUUGUCAUGGGACGAUUUCGAGGAGAGCACGACCAAAAGGCAACGGCACUUGGGCCCCAGUCCAAGCCAGAUGCUGCAAGAAGCCCCGCCUGCAUAUCAUCAGAGACCGGGAACCGUCGACCGUCUUACCGACCAGAACUACAUCGCAUGGCUCAAGAGCAUUGAUUUUCGCCCGCCCAACGGAAUGCAAGCCUGGAUGCAAGGCAACGGUUCCGUCACUGAAUACACGCUGUUCACUCGGGACAACGGGGAGCGGUGUUUCAUCCAGAUGAUGCGCGACCACGUCUUUAUCUGGGCAUACCGCAGUCAGGUCGUCGAGCUCGAGUUUCUUGGCGUUGGAGUGCACACUGAGAGGCAGAAGAGGCUGCCAAAAUACGCCGUCGUACUGGGACAUGUCUACAUCCGCCAACCCUACGCUGACGGCCAGCCGGAGCGAGUGCUGAGGACCAACUACAGUGUCGUUAUGGACGUCACCAAGCCAACCAAGUCGCUGUGGAUGAUAUACAACUACGGAUACGGCGAAUCCUUCGCAGAAAAUCUCGAGUUCUUCAAGGGCAAUGCCCCGUUCGAUAUGGCAAGAAUCGCCGACAGCCUCGAAGACUUCGUUGAAGACGAAUCCAUCGGAGAAGGGCUUUCUCGCUGUCCUCCUUACCUGGACGGCAGCAGGGUCAUUGAAAUAGUGCAGGCGUCAGCUAAUUUUGUGGUGCCCAUCUUCACGACCCCGAACCUCGAUUCGCUGCUGAAGGCUAUUGAAGACGGUUGGGGUACUAUGAGCUUCUAG